CAAAUUUUAAUUUUAAUUUAAUAAUAAAAGUGUGAAUAGAAAAAAAAAGUUAAAAAUGCAACUAACGACACAUUUGACACUAAUUAUAAGUGUCUUUUCAUACUGCAAUGCCUAUCGUAUUUUGGGAAUUUUUCCCUUCAAUGCAAAAAGUCAUUUCAUGAUGUACGGUGAAUUAAUGAAAGGUCUCGCAAAAAUGGGGCAUCAAGUGGACGUGAUAAGUUCGUUCCCAUUGAAAAAGCCCUAUCCUAAUUAUUCGGAUAUUGUUUAUCCUCAAGUCACGCAAGGACUCGUGAAUAAUUUAACAUAUCACGAGAUGAAAUUGUACACAUCCGGAACACCAGUGACUUUUGUCGCUAAUGUUGCUGGCAAUCAACUUUGCCAGGGUAUGGGUGAUGAAAAAAUUCUCAAUUUCCUACAAAAUCCACCCAAUGAUCCGCCAUACGAUGCAAUUAUUGUCGAGAUUUUCGGAGCGCACUGUUUUUUGGCACUGGGUUCAUUGUGGAAUGUUCCGGUAAUUGGAGCGAGUUCCGCAGUUCUCUAUCCCUGGAUGCACGAUAUAAUUUCAAAUCCCGAAAAUUUGGCAUUCGUCUCGAAUAAUUUAAUAAAUUAUAAGGAAAAUUUGGAUUUUUCAUCGAGACUCUACAACCUUAUUAGUGCAAAUUAUAAUAAAAUUUAUUUCAAUUACUUGACUGAAUCACAAACUGAUAUUAUUCGUAAAUAUCUUGGACCCGAUGCCAUUGGCGUUAGGGAAGCUGAAUCUCAAGUCGCAAUGAUACUUGUGAAUUCAUAUUUUUCUCUAAAUGGUGUGAGACCAUUUACCCCAGCGCUCAUCGAAGUCGGAGGUCUUCAUAUUCAAGACGACAGUCCUGAAUUAUCCAAGGAUCUAAAGAAAUGGUUGGACGAAAGUAAUGAAGGUGUUGUUUAUUUUACUUUUGGUUCGAUGGUAAGAAUAGAGACAUUUCCACGAAAUAUAAUCGAUAAUUUUUACAAAGCAUUUGCGAAAAUUGCACCUGUUCGUGUUUUAAUGAAAAUACCGAGAAAGGAAGAUUUACCAGAGGGACUGCCGAAAAAUGUUCACGUACUUCCCUGGAUGCCGCAAAUGAAAAUUUUACAACAUCCGAAUGUGAAAGUAUUUAUAACACAUGGAGGCCUCAUGGGAACACAGGAAUCAAUUUAUUGUGGUGUUCCUAUGAUAGGAAUACCACUUUUUGCCGAUCAAUUUGUAAACAUUGAUUUAUAUGUUUCGAAAAAUAUCGCAAUAAAAUUGGACAUUGACAAUUUUAGCGAUAGAGACCUUGUUAAUGCUUUGAGUAAAAUUUUCACCGAUCUCAGCUACAAAAAAGCAGCGAAACGUAUUUCGGAGACAUUUAAAGAUCGACCAAUGACACCAAUUGACACUGCCGAAUAUUGGAUUAGAUAUAUCAUAAAAAAUGGCAAAAAUGCAUUAAGAUCUCCAGGAAUGGAUUUGUCAUGGUGGCAAAUAGCUUUACUUGACGUUUAUGGAUUUUUACUAAUCUGCAUUCUUCUCCUUCUAUAUUUAAUUUAUAUUCUCGCGAAAAUUGCCACAAAAUUAUUAUUCCCCAAGAAUGAAAAAAUAUCAGUUUCGAAAAAAGUCAGAUAACAUUUAAUUAGUCGUUAUUUUUUUCAAUAGUUACGCGCUUCAAGACAAAAAAAAAAAGAAAGUAGUAUUUUAAAAAAAUAGAAUAAUACCGCCGAAUGAUAAAUUUAAGUAAAAUAUUAUUUAAAUAA